AUGCGCCUUGCGUUCAUUGCAGCGGCAGCUCUGGCCGCUGUCUUCACAUGCAGCGACGCACUUCCCACUGCCACUGGGGGUCUGAGACCUGUUCUCGAGUCCAACGCCGCUGCCGUGGACCGCUUGACGGAUGGCGCCUUUAUCGAUGCUGACACGGAUAGGUUUUUGAGGGCAGCUCAGAACGAAGACGACUCGGUACCGAUAGAACUUGCUCAUGAGGAAAGGCGUCUUGGUGCCUUUUUUCCUGAAAAAGUGACGGCAUUUGUCAAGCGAAUGGGACGGAGUCCCCUGGCGGGUGAUGCUCUCAAUGCUGUGCUGGGUUUUGCGGCAAAGCAUGAAGCAGGAUUUAAACGUGCGAAUACGUUGCGCCGAAAGUUCCGCAAGACGGGCAAGGGAACGUGA